AUGGAAAGUAUAUAUGCAGGUGUGAUCAUGCUUACAUUUCCAUUAGUGGUGGAGCAAUUCACUAAUGCGAAAUUUAUAGUAGAAGAUUGGAAAGUUGGUGUGAGAGUGAGGAGAGAAAUGGGAAGUGAAAGUAUGGUUAAAGGAGAUGAAAUUGCUGGGAUUGUGCAAUGGGCUAUGAACUUGGACUGUGAUGAAAGUAGAGAGAUGAGGAGAAGAGCUGAAGAACUUCAAGAAACUUGUAAAAAAGCAUUAGAGGAUGUUGGAUCAUCUAACAUUAACCUUAAUGCGUUUGUUAGAGAUAAUUUGUAUGGCCAUGAUUGA